AUGCAAUUUAUUUCUCAGAUAUACAGUCUCUUUACGUGGAGAUUGGUGUACCGAGCGUCGAGUCACGGUUACUCGGCUGAGGCAUUCCACAGGCUGUGUGACGGAGUUGCUCCGACCUAUGUCAUUGUAACGGGAGCCCGCGGCGAGGUGUGUGGAGGCUUUAGUGACGUCCCUUGGGGCAAAACAAACACCAAGAGUCACUACAUCCCGUCUGAUCGUGCAUUCCUCUUCACACUUGCCAAUAAUCAGGAUCUGCCUCCAACAAAGUACAACAUUGUCAAGAAACCUUUCGCCAUCUGCUACCAUCCUGACUGUGGACCGAUAUUCGGAGCCGGGGCCGAUCUGUUGAUAGCUAGCAAUUGUAACACCAACAUGGACAGCUACUCCAACCUGCCUCACUCCUACGACGGAGACAAUGCGUCCAGCUCAGUGCUGAUGAGUGACUACAACUUUAGCGUGCUCGACUACGAGGUCUUCACACCCGUUGGCAAGUGACGUGUUGGUUGUGAAAGUUCUUGCCC